AUGGGGAUUGCGCGUUGGUUUUGGGACACCGCGACGGGAGUGGCAGGAACGGGCGGAGCGGGAGAAGCGGAAGGAGCGGGAGGCGCGGCAGCCGAAAGCCGGACCGGCAAGCCGUCUGAGGAUGCGACUUUGGCGGUGACAGCAACCGGACGCCGCGCAGCGCCGGCGUUGGCGAUUGACAUCCGCGGCGGCGGCAGCAGCAGCGGCGCGUUGGGCGGCGACGGGGAUAAAGCAGCGUCGGUACGGACGGCGCUGUACCCAUCGGCGCGCAGUGAAGGCGGUGGCGGCGAGCGGAGCGUGCGCGACGUGCUAAUCGUGGAAGGGGGAAGGCCGCCCGCGGAUGCGGGGCGUGCCCGAGGCGGUGUGUUCCGCAAGAAGCAGCGGCGGGGGAAGGGCAAGCGGAGCGUGUUCGUGUACGAGCUGGUGCGCGCGCCCGCGGGGGGAGGCGGCGGGGAUUAUGGGGGCCGCGGAUUGCCGCGCGCGAGAACAGCAGGCGCCGCGGAGAGUGGCAGUGCUGGGUUGUGGGGGACGGACGGCGCGGAAGGAGUGGCGGAGGGAGCAAUGGGAAAGGCGCAGGGUUGGCAGCAGCGGUCGCUGGAUCGAAGUGACACGCAGAGCGACAUUGCUGACGUGGACGAAUGGCGAAGGGAGAUGGAGAAAUAUCUGACGGAGAAAUUAAGGCGAGAAUCGGGUCCGAAGGAAAUGGGGCGAAAGGAGAAAGAGGUUACGAGAGAGGAAAGGGAAAGUGGCGGCUCGGAAGGGGAGCAGCACGAACGGGAGAACGGUAGCGGCGGCGGCGGAAGUUGGGGGUUGCGAGACGCUGAUGAUGACGACUUGUUAGGAGCAAGCGGGCGCGCUUGUAAUGCGUACGGGGGCUGUGAUGAAGGAAACAACAGCUGGCGCGAUACAAGCAGCGAAGGGGAGGCAGCGGGGAUUGACCAGUGGGACCUGGACGCGGAUAUCGAGGAGCACCAUAGCGAGGAUGAAAGCAGCGCUGUGCUGUCCGCCGCCACGAGCGGCGACGGGGGCGAUCCGUGGGGCGUUGGGGGCAGCAGCGGCAGCGAGGAGCAGCGAGCGCUGCAGCGGCAGGGGCGAGACAAAGGACUAGUGAUAGACUUGGGAGUGGAUGGGGAGGAGUUGGGAGUGGUGAGGAGGGACGAGGAUUGGUUUGAAGAGGCGGAGGGCGUGUUGCUGGUGGACGAAGGGCGUGUCGUGCCUUGGGAGUCAGACGGUGGCGAACGCGGCAGAAACGGAGAAUGGGGAAGGUCGCGAAGCUGUGUGGAAGCGUCUGUCCGCCAAGCCAGCAGGACGGCCGUUGCCCGCGCUGCAGCGGACGCGCAGGCAGGCAGGAGAGGCGACGGCAGCGAUGGCAGUGGGAGUGACGGCAGCACCGGCCGUGGCAGCGACAGCAGCAGCAGGCACAGGGAGGGUGGGCGGCCCGUGCUGCUGCGGUGCGAGGGCGUGCGGGGGAGCAACCGCGUCCGCGCGUUUGAUCCCAGCGAGUACCUGCCUGCGCCCACAGCACCCGCAGCACCUGCAGCACCCGCAGCAGCACCCACAGCACCCACAGCUGCAGGUGGCGUGCCUGCGAGCGAGCACCACUGCGUGAGUGCAGGUGCAGGUGCGAGUUGGAACACACCCACGGCAGCCGGUGCAGCCGCUGUGCCAGAGGGCCGUGAGACUGCAGCGCAGGGAGGUGCGAGGGCGAGGGCACGCCACGCGGCGGCGACGUCAGCAGCGGCGGGAAAGAGCCAACACGUGUCGGCAUGGUGGCAAUUCGGUGGGGCUGAUAAGAGCGCUGAUAAGAGCGACAGCAGCGGGCAGGCCGGCAGACGGAAGAGCACAGGUGGUGGAGUGAGCAGCGGAGUGCAUGGGGGUCGGUCCCGGCCGCUGGGACCCCCACCCACGCCCCAGAGCCCUGACCACGACGCAUGCAUGGAAAGCCGCACCUCGCACUUGAUAUCACCACCGGCUCUCCCCUCGCACGCAUCAGCAGCGUCAUCGUCCCGCCUACUGCCCUCUCCACGCCUCCCGCCCUCCCGGCGCCUCCGGCCGUCCCCCGGCCUGAGGAGGCAGCAAUCCGCUGCGGCUUCGCUUGCUGCGGUGGAGGCGAGUCAACGGCAGCCUUCGGUUUCAGCUUCGGCCAAGCCUAGGCCUCUGAGCCGUGCCAACUCUGCCGCCCCAGCGCUCCUGCACCCACAGCCCAUCUUGCUGGCUGGUGGGAAGCGAUUCAGCACCCGCUGCCCUGCCGCUGCGGCUGCUGCUGCCGCCGCCGCUGCAGUUGUUGCAAACGGCGGUGGUGCUAAUGCUGCUGCUGCUGCAGCGGCUGCCAAUGGUGCUGGUGCUGUUGCUGCUGCCAAUAGCGGUGGUGGUGGUGGUGGUGGUGCUGCUGCUGCUGCUGCUGCUGCGACUGGGAAAGCAAGAGCAGGGAGAGCAGCAGAGGCGGCAGGGAUAGCAGGAGGGAAGGGAGCAGUGGGCCUCAAAGCGAGCGCGGUGGUUUACCACCCGCCCUUCAGCAGCUAUCGUCACCAGGCUGACGUGGCAGCCCAGGAGGAGGAGGCGAGUCUGAGGGAGCUGGAGCAGCAGCUGGAGAGAGAGAGGAGGAGGAGGGAGGAGGAGGAGGAGGAAGACUUGUUGGCAGAGGCUGGUGAGAGGGGAGUGAGGGAGGUGAGAGUGAGGGAGGGCGAGUGGGAGGAGGGGGGUGCGUGGAUGGUGAAGAUGCCUGGAAGGGGGGAGUCAAGGAGGCUGGAGGAGCUUUGUGAGAAAGUGGUUGGGAUGGGUGCUGGUGGGGUGGGGAUGGGAUUGGACGGGGUGGAGAUGUGCUUGGAGUUGGAAAGAGGGGUGGUGAGCAUUGGGCCUAGUGUGGGGGGUAGAGGAGGGAUGGGAAGGAGCUUGAGCAUGGGAAUGGGGUCGAGUCCAGAAGCGAUGCCGGAUGCGAGAGGGAGGGAGCGGGUGGGUGUGAUGCAGGGAGGGAGAGAGCAUGCAGUCACAUCACCAGCACCUGUACCUCCUCCCAUGCGACGGUCCCGCACAGACACGAGGCAGGAGAGGCGCGCGAGGGAGCAGCAGGAGCAGAUGGGUGCGUGUGUGAAACAAGAUUUGGGAAUGGAAGCAGCAGCGGCGCCACCCAUGCGACGGUCCCGCACUGACACGAGGCAGGAGAGGCAGGCAACGGAGCAGCAGGAGCAGAGGGAUCAGUUGGAGCAGAUGGGUGUUUGUGUGAAACAGGAUGUUGGACUGGUUCCCAUGCCACCUCCCAUGCGACGGUCACGGACUGACACCCGGCAGGAGAGGGGGAUGAGGGCAGGGCAGCAGGCAAUGACACCAGCAGUGAGGGGAGGUGGCAGAAGAAGCGAAGGGUGCAGCAGAGGGGAAGCAGGCAGCGGGCGGGUGUUGCGGCGAGGCAAGACACAGCCGAGCCGGCGCUUGGAGCAACGGGAGGGGGUGGCCCGGCGCAGAGAGGGAGACCUGCUCAUCCGCACACACACGCUGGGGCAGGGGGCAGUGGAUAGUGGGCAUGAGGCAGAGGGCUUUGGCAGUGAGAAGGGGGGGAGGGGGUGCCCCGGCGCAGAGAGGCGGUGCCCCGGCGCAGAGAGGGGGUGCCCCGGCGCAGAGAGGGGGUGCCCCGGUGCAGAGAGGGGGUGCCCCGGUGCAGAGAGGGGGUGCCCCGGUGCAGAGAGGGGGUGCCCCGGUGCAGAGAGGGGGUGCCCCGGUGCAGAGAGGGGGUGCCCCAGUGCAGAGAGGGGGUGCCCCGGUGCAGAGAGGGGGUGCCCCGGUGCAGGGGGGGGGGUGCCCCUGCUCAUCCGCAGGCAUGCUUUGUGA